AUGUCCGACGACGCACAAUCCGCAGGAAAGCGAAAGCGCGCGCGUACUCAAUCGUGCCCCCCGCCCGAGCUGCCUCAACUGGUUGCGGAGCAGGCUGUUCCUAUCCCUUCGCACGAUCGGGAUACUCAACGUCUGAUCGUCAUUCUCUCCAAUGCCAGCUUGGAAACCUACCGGGCUGCAGGCCGUGCUGGGUCCAAGGAUGAGAAGUAUUCUCUGCUGAACAGCGACGAACACAUUGGUAUCAUGCGCAAGAUGAACCGCGAUAUCAGCGAGGCUCGCCCCGAUAUUACCCACCAGUGUCUCCUCACCCUCCUCGACUCCCCCGUCAACAAGGCCGGUCGCCUUCAGAUUUUCAUCCACACUGCCAAGGGUGUCCUGAUUGAGGUCAACCCUUCCGUCCGCAUUCCCCGUACUUUCAAGCGCUUCGCCGGUCUAAUGGUCCAACUGCUCCACCGCCUGUCCAUCCGCUCCACCAACUCGCAAGAGAAGCUGCUCAAGGUCAUCAAGAACCCCAUCACCGACCACCUGCCCCCGAACUGCCGCAAGGUGACCAUGAGUUUCGAGGCCCCCGUUGUCCGCACUAAGGAUUACCUUGAGUCGCUGGAUCCCAAGGAGAGUGUUGCCAUUUUCGUCGGUGCCAUGGCCAAGGGCCAUGAUGAUUUUGCCGACAGCUUUAAGGACGACACCAUCAGUAUCAGUAACUACAGUCUGAGUGCCAGUGUCGCCUGCAGUAAAUUCUGCCACGCGGCAGAGGAGGUGUGGGAUAUUCUGUGA